CGCCAAACAGCCCCGUAUAGUAAUGGUGUGAAUCUGGAUCGAACCAAAGCGACCCAUGGAACCGGCGGCACUGCUGGCGCCAAAAACCCUCGUCAGACUACAGCGUCGGUUCCGAUUUGAAAACCCUAGGAGGAAGUAGAAGUCGCUUGACAUCGUGAUUGUCUCCAUAAGAUUCGACGUCCUUUGUGUUGUACUUUUGAUAGUUCCCUCAGCUUAACAAGGCGAUGGAUCUAGAGUUUAGAUACGAAGUCUCUCGGACGGCGGCGUUUGUGGUCGACGGGAAUUACCGAAGAGUUGCGCUGCAGUUCCCAGAUGAACUUCUGAAGGACGCAUAUCGAGUUUUUGAUGCAUUGAGGAGGGAAAUUGAGCUUCGGCUUGAAGGGUGUGGUGACAGAAGCAGAGACGUCCAGCUAUAUGUGAUGGCUGAUACGACUUACGGAAGCUGUUGCGUGGAUGAGGUUGCAGCAUUACAUGUCAAAGCAGAUUGUGUAGUGCAUUAUGGACGCACAUGCUUAAGCGCAACGUCAAGGUUGCCAGUACUUUAUGUAUUUGGAAAAGAAAUACUGGAUGUGAAUGCUUGUGCAGAAUCUAUAUUUGAUUUCUUGAUAUCAGCAUGCAAACCGACACUGAUUCUUUUCGGGUUGGAAUAUGCACAUGCCAUAGCAGGCCUUGAAGUGGCAGUGAUGGCGAGAUCAGCAAGCCGAUUUGAUAUAAGACUUCAUUAUGCAGAUAUUCUGUUUUCAGUUUUUGACCCAACACAAGGUUCUUGUAGGCAGACUGAUGGUACAGCUCAUGGUAGAAGAUAUUGCCUUGGUGGCCUGAUCUGGGAAGUACCGGAAGGCUGCAAGUUGGAGGACUGUGUAUUGCUCUGGGUUGGCAGCGAUGAUGCAGCAUUUUCUAAUGUUGUACUUACUUUUAAUGCUUGUGAAAUAGUCAGGUAUUGUCCAGCUGAAUGCCGGUUAAUGAAAGAUGUUGCAGAAAAGAAAAAGAUUCUGAAGCGUAGGUACUACCUUGUAGAAAAAGCAAAAGAUGCAAAUAUGGUUGGGAUUUUGGUUGGAACACUUGGGGUUGCUGGCUAUCUGAAUAUGAUUCAUCAAAUAAAAGCUUUGAUAAAGAGCACAGGCAAAAAGUCUUAUACAUUUGUUGUGGGGAGGCCGAGUCCCGCCAAAUUGGCAAAUUUUCCUGAGUGUGAUGUGUUCAUCCAUGUUGCUUGCCCUCAAACAGCACUUUUAGACAGUAAGGAGUUUCUUGCUCCAGUGAUCACCCCAUUUGAAGCCAUAUUAGCUUUUAGCAGAGGGAGUGAGUGGACAGGGGAAUACAUUAUGGAAUUUCGGAAAUUAAUGAGUUAUUCUCAUCAAGAAGUCAACAGCAAGGUUGAUGGAGCACGAUAUUCUUUCCUCAAUGGUGGCUAUGUCGAAGAUCUUGAAGAGAAUGAAGAGGAGUUAGAUGGAAAUUCAUUAGAAUUAUCAACAAUCACAGAAAAGGUGCUUAAAGUAGCAGAUGGACAUCCCUCAUCUAUGAUGGCAAAGAGAACAGCUAAAUCAGGACUUGAAUUUUUCUCAACCAGAUCUUAUCAGGGCCUUGAGAUAGGAUUCAAGGCACCAACGACAGAUGUUGUUACUGGUCGAACCGGAAAGGCAUCUCGGUAUGAUGACGAGAGGACUGGAGAAUCCUCAUGAUCAUCUAAAUAGGGAUUGGUAAUAGCGUAAUAUCGCUAAUUAGAAUUUCCGUUUGACGUGGUAGCUCCAGUGACCAAAGGGACGUGCGUGUUGCUUGCCUACGAAGAAGAAACGCUUUAGCGAAAGCAUCAUGCAUUCUUUAGAUUAUGUUGCAUUAUAGUAAGCUUUUGGCAAUACAUAUUGUUUCUUUUUUGUAUUAAGGGUGUUUAAAUGCUCAGUUAUACCAAGGUGUACAUCAAAAGCAUUCAAGAUCUUGUUACGACCUUGAUAAGAGAUGAAAGACGCCAGGUCUUUCACUUCGAUAAUUUGUUUAUCUUUGUUGUAACGUAUGUCAUUGCCCUACUGCGUCUUAUUUUGUAAAUGGCAGUUUCUGCCUCGAUAGCUUACAAAGUUGUUCUGGCAGGCUACACAUGCGUAAAA